AUGGCAACGGUUGCCCAGUUAAAAUUUGAUAAUUCAUUUUGGUCUCCUAACGGUUAUGGAGUUGGAAUUAAGAUUUUAUAUGAUAAACUUGAACAAGGUCGUGUAGAAAAUGAAGAAAUCGUUGAUUUUUUAAGGGAAAGGAUUAGAAUAGAAGAAUUAUAUGGAAAACAAUUGUUUGAUUUAUCCAAGAUGGAAAGCUACGAAGAUGGGUUCUUACGUGAUGAUGGUGCUUCCCUACGACGUGCAUUUGAUAACGUUAAGAAUGAAUGUGAACAAUUAGGGCGAGCACAUUUACAACUUGCUAGUAGCAUGUACGAAAUGGUUCUUAUGCCUCUGAUUAAAUAUGGUGAUGAACAUAGCAAACGCCUUAAAGCAAGUCAGGAUGAGAUAUCAAGUUAUCUAAAAAUAUUUAAUAAAUUGGCUAAUGAUGUAGAAAGGUUGCGAAAGAAUUAUGAGUCAAAAUGUCAAUUUGCUGACGAAAUGGAGGAGAUAUCUAUUCGUGGGGUGGAGAAAGCAGAUUCAUUACCUGUCGUUAUUGGUGGUCUGGCUUUCUCCGAAAAUGAUCUAAGAAAUUAUCUUGCGCGAAUGCGUGAAGAAAUUCCUUCUCAACAAAUUAAAUUUCCCAUUCUGGGUGUCUAUAAUGAUGCAUAUAGUGGCAAAGAUAUUGCUAAAUGGUUGGAAAGCAAUUAUGCUGGUGCACGCAGAUGGAGAGAGAUUGAAAUUAUUGGCCAAGAACUAAUUGACCAAGGAUUCAUUAAACUCGUUGGUAUGAUUGGCAAUACAUUUUCUACAAGUCCUGGAAGUUAUUAUCAGUUCAAGAAAAAAUCUUAUGAUACCAAAGAAAAUGAUGAAACCUUCGCUCUUGGAUCAACUUUGAGUGGUAUUGUUUCAACUAUCACUCCGAGUCAACCUUCAGAAAAAAAUGCACGAAAAGACGCUGAUGAAUCGGAUGAUAUAUAUCGUCACACCGCUAGAAAAUUAGAUAGAACUCGUCUUUUUCUCGAAGAAACUAUGAUGGAUCAUAUGAACUGUUUGGAAAAAAGUGAACUUGAUCGUAUCAAAUGUUCAAAAGCAGCUUUCCUUAAUUAUGCUACCACUUUCGGCAGUGUCAUCUCUGCCACUCAACAUAUGUCUGAACGUCUACUAUUAUAUAACGAAGCAUUAAAGCCUGAGCAAGAUAUCCAAUUCAUGAUAGAACAAUAUCGCACCGGUCCAUUUAUUCCUCGUGUUAUACUAUACAGGAAUAAAUACAACGGAAGUGCUAACGAUCAAACUUUUGGAGUUCCUCUUGACAAGAAAACCAAAAAAGAUUUGAAACCUGUGCCACAAAUUGUGACAAAGAUUCUUAGUUGUAUUAAAAAAGGAACAUCUUGUUGGAAUGAAACUGACAAAAGACUUCUAUGGAUAACAAAUGUACCUUUGACCAAAACACAUUCUCUUCGUGAUGAAAUUAACGAUGGUGGAAAAAUUAACAUGAAAAAGUUGAGAGAGCAUGACCUGACGACCGUUGCAGGGGUAUUGAAAUUAUAUUUCAUGGAAUUGCCAGAGUGCCUACUUACUUUUGAACUAUACGAGCCUGUUAGGAUAUUGUAUUCUAUUAGUUCCGAUGAUCAAGACGAGAACACACGAAUAACAUCCGUCGCAAAUUUGCUAAUUACGUCUCUUCCUGAUGUAAAUUAUGCCACCUUGAAUACAUUCAUCUCACAUUUGCAUCGUCUAAUAAAAUCUACAAACGCAGAUGAUGAAUAUAUUACAGCUUUAUCCCAAACUCUAGGUAUAAUUUUAUUAAGACCACAGACUGAAACAUCUAUAUUUCUUCACGAUAAACAUCCUCAACGAUUGGUUAAGGACCUUAUAGUUCAUUAUGAAACAAUUUUCAAAAGUUCAAACAAUAAAUUUAUUAGACAUUCAGGAAGUCGUGAUUCAAUGCAGUCCUCGCGCUCCAGUAGAUCUAAUCAUACAAGAGAAAGUUCUGGUACAAUCACAGCUAAUGGAGUUAGGGAUGGCAUAUCUUCAGUACCCUCAAGUCGUAGGGAGAGCACAUCAACUGUUGUUCCAGCUAGAUCAAACGGAACGAAUUCUGUGAUCUCAAUUUUAGAAAAAUCGAUUCAAGAAGUUAACGAUAAAUUAAAUUCGUCUGUAAAAGAAAACAUAUCAAUGGAAAGCAUAUCUCAAGCUAUUCCUAACGAAUCUAUAAAUCGUAAUGAUGAGUCUCAUAUAACAUCUCAUACCAAUUUGGAAUCAGAAACAUCAAUGCAAUUGUCACGUGCAAAUUUAGCGAAGCUUAACAUGUCUAUGAACAAUGAUGCUCUUGCUUAUAGUUCCAAUAUUUCAGAAACUUCUGUAUCAGUAUCACCAAGUGUUAUGUCUAACCAUAGUCAAAACGGAUUAACUAAUAAGAAAAAUCCGGUAGCAUCUCGUCCUAGUGCUCGCUCGAGUUCCACAAAGGAGAGUGCCAACACAUCAGCUGAUGGGCUGUGCCGACGACCAGAAGUUCGGCGAAAUUCUCGCCUUUCACGUACAAAUUCUAUUAAAGCAAGAAUUCGCAAUAGCGAUCCAGGGUCAUCCAAUGAAAAUAGAUCUGGAGAAGAAAGGUUAUCAGAUUCAGAAGAUUCACCUAAACAAAGAUUUCCCACUGACGAUGAUAUGCACCAAAUUCCUAUCGGUUCAAACGGUAGUUAA